UAAAGACCACAGUAAAGAACAAGAAUAACAUAGACAUAAAAAACUAUUCAAAUCUGACGGCAUUUUUAAAGAGACGCUCUGAUGGGUAUGUUGCAAGAAAAUCGAAGGUACUUUCGCCAACUGACGUCGAAAAGUUUUUAAAAGAAGCCCCCGAUUAUCAGUAUUUAGCAACAAAGGUUGCAAUGAUAUUUGGUGUCACUGGCGCGUGUAGACGCCAAGAACUAAGCGAAGUAACGGCAAAAGACGUAGAAACUCAUGGCCAAAUGCUUGUGAUUAAAAUUAACAACACUAAAAAUAAGGUACCGAGAUCGUUUGCCAUUCACGGUCCAUUUUACGACAUAGUAAAAAAGUACGAAGCGCUUAGGACAGAUAAGGCAAAAUCCGAUCGGUUUUUUCAAAACUACCAGAAGGGUAGAUGCGUGGCUCAGCCAAUAGGCAUUAAUAAAUUUGGUGCAAUGCCUAAAGAAAUUGCCAAGUUUUUAAAUCUACCCGACCCGGAUUUAUACACUGGGCAUAGUUUCCGAAGAACAUCAGCUACAUUGCUAGCUGACUCGGGAGCUGAUUUGCUUACUUUAAAGCGUCAUGGUGGCUGGCGAUCUAGCACAGUUGCUGAGUCUUAUGUUGAAGAUUCAGUUCGAAAUAAGUCCAACAUAUGUACUCAAAUAACCCACGCUAUAAAUCUGGAGCCCCAGGUUAAGAAGAUGUGUCCUGAACCGCAGCCAUCCACCUCCCGUGAUACAAGUUAUUUGUUACCUAGGUUGUCUAUUUCUGAGUCUUUAAAUGAACCACCACCACUUUCAUCCAUAUUUGUACACAAUGAACCCGUAUCACCGACUUUUACGCAAGAAGACAAUAAUGAAAUAUACAAUAACGACUUCAGGAUGCUGAUGGGGCUGCCUCGCUUCUGCAGCGCGUCGGGAAUGUUUGCGCAGGCUCAUGUCGAUGACUAUUACGCCAUCAUGCGCAAAAAGACGGCCUCGCUGCCCUGCAGAUUGCGGGCCUGCACUAACUCCAUCCUGAUGACCGUAGCAGGGAGAUAUGAUUCCCCCAUGAUGCGACAUUUUUUGCAGGUGCUUGUUAGCAAAACGUGUUCAUCAAUUUGCUGA